GGCGGCGCCGGCGGCGGCGCGGGUGGAGCGCUCGGGGGCCACGGGCGGCGGCGGCGGCGGCGUAGCGGAGGAAGGCGGCGGCUCCCCCCCGGCCAGCGCGCAGCCCGGCCCGUCCCGCGAGCUCGCGGCGGCCCCGCGUCCCGGCGCGCCCCCGGCCCCGGGACCCUCCGCCGCCGCCGCCGCCAUGGCCCGGCCACUGGUGCCCAGCUCGCAGAAGGCGCUGCUGCUGGAGCUCAAGGGGCUGCAGGAGGAGCCGGUGGAGGGCUUCCGGGUGACGCUGGUGGACGAGGGCGACCUGUACAACUGGGAGGUGGCCAUCUUCGGGCCUCCCAACACCUACUACGAGGGCGGCUACUUCAAGGCUCGCCUCAAGUUCCCCAUCGACUACCCUUACUCUCCACCAGCCUUUCGGUUCCUGACCAAGAUGUGGCACCCAAACAUCUAUGAGACAGGGGACGUAUGCAUCUCCAUUCUCCACCCACCUGUUGAUGACCCACAGAGUGGGGAGCUGCCCUCGGAGCGGUGGAACCCCACACAGAACGUCAGGACCAUCCUCCUGAGUGUCAUCUCCCUGCUCAACGAGCCCAACACCUUCUCACCGGCCAAUGUGGAUGCCUCAGUGAUGUACAGAAAGUGGAAAGAGAGUAAGGGGAAGGACCGGGAGUACACGGACAUCAUCCGGAAGCAGGUCCUGGGGACCAAGGUGGACGCAGAGCGCGAUGGCGUGAAGGUGCCCACCACGCUGGCCGAGUACUGCGUGAAGACCAAGGCGCCGGCGCCCGAGGAGGGCGCGGACCUGUUCUACGAGGACUACUACCAGGACGGGGAGGUGGAGGAGGCAGACAGCUGCUUCGGGGACGACGAGGACGACUCGGGCACCGAGGAGUCCUGACACCUCGUCCACCGAAUAAACUCUCAGAUUUUACCUCAUGGGACGGACGCUGGCUCUCUCGACAGGCUACCUCACGGCACUGCCUUGCCCUGCUCUGGGCGGCGCGUUUGGGUGUCCUUCCUUCCCCGUGCGGUUCUGGGUUUUCCUUGCUCCAGAGAAGAGCCGGGCUUGGGCUUGCCGGCCCCCUCCUGGGAUGGCAGAGCCAGCAGAGCCGCAGCAGCCAGGGUCGUGGGCGGGCCCCAUCCAGCAGCUUCGAGGCUGGGGUCCUAGCUCCUGGAUGGACGGACUGCUUUGAGGUCACUCCUUUCUGCUGUGGUUUGUUUGAAAUCUAAAUAAAACUGCCGGUGAGGAGGCAGACCACUCCUCCUUCAGGGAGGCACCAGGGCCAAGGUCAUCACACUCCUGGUCCCUGGGCCUGAUGGUCACCUCUCCACCCAGGAGAUGGGGUAGCCAGGGAACCCCCUAGUUGCCUUUGAGGGAAAGGGCCCCAUCCACAGAAGCCAGUGGCCCUUCCUGAACGCUCUGGGCCCGAGGUGGACUCUGGUGCUUCCCAAGGGUUCCUCUCACACUGGUGGCAAGUGGGACACUGCUGGUCUUGUGUCUGUGCAACUGAAAGGCCCAGAAUGGCUGGACUCAGGAGUUGGACUCGCUGAACUUGGAUGCCCAAGGUCAAGGGUAUAUGCCUGGACCCAAGUGGGCACAGUGCGGUAGGCCCUGGACUGCACCGCUGGUGGGUGCAGCUUUGCCACUUGUUUGCUUUAGUUUGCUUGGGGUUAAUUUGGACAGUACUGGGAGUGGCCCAGGGCCUCGUGCUUCGUAGCAUGUUCUCGGUCCUGGGUCAGUCCCUAAUACUGCCCAAAAUGGGGCAGGGUGUCUCACUAAGUGGCCCAAGCUGGUUUCAAACUUACAGUCCUUCUGCCUCAGCCUCUUGAGUUGCUAGGGUGAUGGAGGUGGCCACUGUGCCUAUGAAUUUCCUGUUCAAAACUUGCUUUUUUUUUUUUCUUAUUGGUACUAGGCAUUGAAUCGGGGCACUUUACCAUGAAGCUGUGUCCCCAGCACUUUUUAAUCAUGUGAAGCUGGGUCUCACCCUGUUGCCCAGGCUGGUCUUGAACAUAGUCCCCAAGCCUUCUGAGUGGCUGAGUGACAGGCAGGUACAGGCCCUGCUGCAUCUGACCCUGUGGUGUGCUGCAGCCAGGCACAGCCCCUGCCUGCUGCCUCCUGCCUGCUGCGCCUUCCACUGGGAGCCAGUCACAAGGGAGGGGCUGGAGGGGUGGGGAGUGGGUGUUAACAAGAGGACAGUUUGGGUUUGGGCAGAAGCCUUGGAGGUGGGUGGUGGGCAUACUGCAGAGCUUUCCCGUACAAAACGGCUAAGAUGGUGAACUGUGUUUGUUACCACAAGAACAAGGAGAGGCCUGAGGUGUGGCUCAGGCAGAGUGCUCCUGAGUGCAGCUGCACCAGGCCCUGGGCUCCAUCCCCAGCACCAAGGAGGAGUCACACUGAAGCCUGACAGCACAGACGAGGUGGGGAUUGGAGCACUGUAUUAAACCAUAAGGAAGUUGGUAGUCUCACA